AUGUUCACGAGCUUCACGGGAAACCCGCGUCGGGCGCGACAGGUCAAUCUCAGUGGAAAGAAGACCAAUCCCUUCGGCCCCCCAGGCUCCGGCGCCGGAUCACAAGCCGCCCUCGACCGAGCACAGCAAGACCGAGCACAACGGCAGCGGGAACGAGAUACAUUGAAUGCCGCCAAGCGAAUACAGAGGGUGUGGCGGGGUCAUUCAGCCAGGCAGAAAGUGGCUGACCAAGUACGAAGUGAAUGGGACAGAGUAGAGGCUCCCAAUGGCCUCUCACAACAGGGAUCGUAUGCCUCGGAAGACGAGGCUCUUGCUCAAUUACAGCGGCUACUUCGUUUUGUCUCCACCCGCAGCGAGGAUGACCUGAAACGGAUACAACAUUAUGGAGCAAGACAGAUGGAAACAGUUCAAGCCUUGGGCCUGGAAUCAAGCGGACCAUGGCUGUCGGCAUAUUCAAGACUACAGCGGGUAUCUUUGGUUGCCAUAGAACGCCAACUCAGGCCUUCAUCAACACAAUGGAGUCAGAUCGGGACAUCCCUUACCACCUUGCAGUUUCUAGCCGAACAAAUACCUGCCGAAACAUCCCGAAACGCCCAGAACUAUUACCGCACCCUCGCACAAGUCGUAUCUAGGCUCUCCCCUGAACUUGAGUCGUCCGACAAUGGGUCAGACGUAGUCAACGUUGUGCUGAGAACCCUGGUCGCACCAUUGAAGGUCACUGGAUAUACGUUGGAUGCCUACGAAGCGCUUGGGGUGCACUUCCUGACACUUCCAUUACUUAGUUCAGACUCGACAUCACCACCCGUACAGAAGCUUCGGGAUUCGCUCGCCGACUCGAUAAACUACAAGCUACUUGCGAAUGCGCUGGCUACUCUAGCUAAACGGUCCGGACUACAAAACAGGCCAGAAUUACAGAGUACACUGAGUCGGCUUCGCUUGCUGGGAACCUUCAUCUAUUUCCACCGCUAUGCUCACAAUUUUGAUACCCCAGAGGCAUACGCUGUACACAAAGACUUUGUAUCUGUUGUAUCUGUUCUUCUGAAUUCGUUACCUGUCAAUAUAGUUGAUGAAGACCACCCCAUCACGGAGAUUACCGAAGACGAUGCCGUCAAUUCGGAUUCAGGUGCAGUGACUGAGUUUCUCAAACAGCAGGUUGAAUCUCUGGUACAUCAGGAAGGAAUUGGGAGUCUCUUGGCUGGCUCAUCACAAUCCCUUGAUACUUCCGAAGAUGAAAAGGUUGAUGAAGCGCGGCAGCUUGCCAACUACGCACUUGCACUGCUACGCUUCUUUCCGCGAAGAGGUGACGAGAUACGCAUGUGGCUUUACAUUGGCCCAUCGGAGUCGUCUGGGAAGAGCACGCGCAAGUUGCCCGCUAUCCGAUACUUCUGGGAGGCAUCGAGAAGGUCAUCAGUCUUUUCCACAAUCUUCAAAGACUCACGGGCAGCCAUUGGUCUACUGAAGCCAAAGUCAUCCGACACUAACAGCUCAGAUCGCCCGGGUACAUCCGGUCUGACACAACAUGGGUUCUGGCAGCCAGCGCAACAGCAAGUGAAUCGUGAUGCGGCUGUUACGGAUGAGUGGCGGGUCAUUCUAGUAUUUCUAGAACUUUACACAUUUGUGCUCAAAGUUACAGAUGACGAAGAGUUUUUCAGUACCGGACAGCAAGACGCCUAUUCCGGGCAAGUCCGUGAUAAUGGACUACCUCUGACCGAGGUAAAGGACCUCACGACAUUCCUAAAGAAUCUAGGUUUCACACUUUACUUUAAUGCAGUAGAAAUCACUACAUCAGAAGAUAGUGCCGAAAGCAGCAGCACGGGCUUCAACUACUUCAACCCAAAAGCAAUCGAAAAUCAAAGCCAGAAAGAACAAGUCGAGCCAUCUAUAGGUGGAGUGGCUGGAUUGAAGAUCGACUAUGUUAAAGGGCUGGUCACAGGUCUCCUUCGUAUGGUCUAUGAGCGUGACUCGCGACGCAAAUUCUUACCGCCAGACCACUGGUUGAUGACUUCACGAUUCGAUAUGACUGGCUUCAUUCCAGCUGUAGUCGAAGAGGAGGAGUCACGGCACAAGAUCCAAGAAGAGGACGGAGACGAUCUGGAUGACCAAGAAGAAGAAUUCGACGAUACACCACAGCUUAUUGGGACGAGUCGGACUCAGCAACAACGACGACUGGAGAAAUUGCAGCGACAGCAACGCAAGGCUUCAAGAAGAAGGUACCUCCAGGCCGUGGCUCCUCGGUUGGAAAUUCUGCAGAACAUGCCAUUCUUCAUACCAUUCACUACCAGGGUACAAAUCUUCCGAGAAUUCGUACACCUGGACAUGACCAAGCGAAGAGGCGGUUCUGAUCCCGAGCUCUGGCGAUUCAGACUGAUGCAGCAACCAAAUGCCCGUGGUCAGUUCGAAAGGCACUCUGCUAGGAUCAGGAGAGAAAAUGAGUUUGACGAUGCCUUCGACCAGUUUUAUGACCUGGGACAGGGCUUGAAGGAACCAAUUCAAAUCACCUUCUUGGAUCAGUUCGGUGCACAGGAGGCUGGUAUCGAUGGUGGUGGUGUCACCAAAGAGUUUCUGACAAGCGUCACCAACCGAGCCUUUAUGCCUACAGACUAUAUCGACAUGUUCAUCGAGAACGACCAACAUCUCCUCUAUCCUAAUCCUGCUGCACUUGAAGAACACAAGGAAGCUCUGCGACAAGCGGGCAUACGCGAAGGAUCACAAGAGUAUCGUGCGCAAAUCACCGAGCUGCUUCAACGCUACGAAUUCUUGGGUCGCAUCAUCGGCAAAUGCAUGUACGAGGGUAUCUUAAUUGACGUCAAUUUUGCACCCUUCUUCCUACGCAAAUGGGCUCUGACAGGCGGCGCCGGCUCCGCACCUAACGAAUCAGGCUACCGACCAACGCUCAACGACCUUCGCGACCUGGACGAAGAGCUGUACCAAGGCCUGCACAAGCUCAAAACUUAUCCUGGUGAUGUGGAGGAUUUCUCGCUCAAUUUCACAGUCACAGACACGAUUGUCGUCGACCACACCACCACACCCAAGAAGACCAAGGCUAUCACCAAGGAACUCAAGCCCGACGGCUCCAACACACCCGUCACGAACCAAAACCGCCUCGUCUACAUCAGCUACAUGGCACGCCACCGCCUACAAAACCAACCCUACGCCCAAACCGCCGCCUUCCUCCGCGGCCUCAGCACAAUGAUCCAGCCCUCCUGGCUCUCAAUGUUCAACCAGUCCGAACUGCAAACCCUCAUCUCCGGCACCCGCACCUCCAUCGACGUCGAAGACCUCCGCCGCAACACCAUUUACGGAGGCACAUACGUCAUCGGCGACGACGGCCUCGAGCAUCCGACCAUCCAGCUCCUCUGGAAGGUCAUGAAGGAAAUGUCCGACGAUGAGCGCCGUGCUGUCCUCAAAUUCGUCACGAGCACCCCUCGCGCCCCACUGCUAGGCUUCGCAACGCUAAAUCCCCGCUUUAGCAUUCGUGAUGCGGGGAGCGAUCAGGAAAGGUUGCCUAGCACGAGUACGUGUGUGAAUUUGCUCAAGUUGCCCAUGUAUCGCGACGAGGCGACGCUCAAGGAGAAGUUGCUGUAUAGUGUUUUUUCGGGCGCUGGCUUUGAUUUGAGUUAG